UGCACCUUUUAUAUUUUCCAGGAACCACAUCUCAGAGUUAACAAUAUUGGACCAAGCCCUCCAAUAUCACGAUAACAUACCGGGAAUCCAGCGAAAGAGACACAAAACCUUCACAAUGUCCUCAUCAUUUGACCUGGAAGCAGUGCUGAGAUACCAAAGAAGACGUAAUGCGUUCAAAGCGGGCCACGCGUCAAAGAACAGACUUUCACAGGACGAUGAGAGUAACCAGAAGAAAAAGGUCCAAGAAUCGAGCGACUGGACCCCGUUUGAAGGAGUUUAUGGCCGAGACCUACUCCCUACCCCUCAGGGAUCUGCGAGGACCAUGCAGUUCUUUUUAGAAUUGACCGAUAUUCUGAUGGAGUAUGUGCGCAAGAGCAACGAUCGCUCAAGCAAAGUGUUGGAUUUCCACCACCCACACCAACUAAAGGAGGAGAUGGGCCAUUGCCUAGAACUCCCAGAAACUGCCAGAGAUUUGGAACAGAUUCUCAGCGAUUGUAAAGAAACGCUGAAAUAUUGCGUCAAAACAGGUCACCCUCGAUUCUUCAAUCAAAUAUCCAGUGGACUUGACGUCAUCGCUCUAGCUGGAGAAUGGCUUACCGCCACUGCUAAUACCAACAUGUUCACCUAUGAAAUCGCCCCUGUUUUCACUCUGAUGGAAGACAUGGUGCUGCAGCGCAUGCGCCAAGUGAUCGGCUGGGAAGACGGCGAUGGCAUCUUUGCACCAGGUGGUGCUAUAUCCAAUUUGUACGGUGUUCUGGUGGCCAGAUUUCGUGCCAACCCUGAUGUUAAAUCCAAGGGCUUGAACGGGCUUCCUCGUAUGGUGAUGUUUACAUCGGAGGACAGUCAUUUUUCGUUCAAAAGUGCUGGAGCCGUACUUGGAAUAGGCACAGACAACGUGAUGGCCAUCAAAACAGAUAAAAGAGGGAAAAUGAUCCCUGCAGAACUCGAGAAAGCCAUAGUGGCCGCCAAAAUUGACGGUGCUGUCCCGUUCUUCGUGAACGCUACCGGCGGCACUACUGUCUAUGGUGCUUACGACCCCAUUGAUGAAAUCGCCGAUGUCUGUGAAAAACAUAACAUUUGGCUUCACGUUGAUUGCGCAUGGGGCGGUGGUGUAUUGGUGUCUAGCAAACACAAACAUCUGGUGAAGGGGAUCCACAGAGCCGAUUCUGUGACAUGGAACCCACAUAAGAUGUUGGGCGUUACUCUGCAGUGCUCGGCAAUUCUGUUAAAACACAAGGAUCUUCUGGCACACUGUAACUCCAUGUGCGCGGACUACCUGUUUCAGCAGGACAAGAACUAUGACGUCAGCUAUGACACAGGUGACAAGGCGAUCCAAUGUGGACGGCACAACGACAUCUUCAAGUUCUGGCUCAUGUGGAGAGCGAAGGGAGACGCUGGUCUUGAAAGUCACAUUAACAGGUUGUUUGAUCUGAAAAGAUACAUGCUUGAUAGGCUUGCCGCAAGAGAAGGCUUUGAAAUGGUUCUAGAAGAGCCUGAGUGUACGAACAUCUGCUUCUGGUAUGUGCCCAGGUGCAUGAGAAAGAUGGCCCCCGGGCCAGACAGAGACUACAAACUUAACCUGGUGGCUCCACGUGUAAAGGGUCUGAUGAUGGAGGCGGGAACUACUAUGAUUGGCUACCAACCUCACGGGAAUCAACCCAACUUCUUCCGCAUGAUAAUCUCCAACAACGCCUCCACCAAGUCCGAUAUAGAUUUCCUGCUGGACGAAAUAGAACGUCUUGGCGAAGAAGCUUCUUCCGAAAUUUAAGACUGAUCCUAACCUAAGUAUGUUUUUGACAUAUUUAGUUCUAUGGAUUGCAAAAUGGACGCUAGGUUUUUUUAAUCCUUGGCAAUUAGAACUCUGGUCCGCUUAAUUGCAUUAU